AUGUUAUCUAUCUCAUUCUGUUCAUUAUCUAUGUAUCUAUCUAUGUGUCUUCAUUAUCCAUCUAUCUAUUUACUAUCUAUCGAACUAUACAUAUCUAUCAGACAUUUCUCAUCUAUCUAUUCACCUCUAUGUCAAUUUAUUCAUCACUAUCUAUCUAUCUAUCUAUCUAUCUAUCUAUCUAUCUAUUUAUACAUACAUAUCUAUCAGCCAUUUCUCAUCUAUCUAUUUACCUCUAUGUCAGUUUAUUCAUAUCUAUCUAUCUAUCUAUCUAUCUAUCUAUCUAUCUAUCUAUCUAUCUAUCUAUCUCAGUCUAUUCAUAUCUAUCUAUCUCAGUCUAUUCUUAUCUAUCUAUCUAUCUAUCUAUCUAUCUAUCUAUCUCAGUCUAUUUAUAUCUAUCUAUCUCAGUCUAUUCUUAUCUAUCUAUCUAUCUAUCUAUCUAUCUAUCUAUCUAUCUAUCUAUCUAUCUAUCAAAUUCUCAUAGAGCAUCUAUCUCUCUCUCUCUCUCUCUCUCUCUCUCUCUCUCAAAGUAGACCCCCUUCUCACAUCUGCGUGUUAUACAACGAAAACGCUUUUGUUCCAUGA